AUGCAAGAGGUACCGCCCUCUAGGUUUCACGACAAGGACAUCGAGAGCUAUGUAGAAACGUGCGUCACCGGCCAAGAGAUUAAAAUAGGCGAUGGCAGCGAAAAGACCAGCACCCCGUCUACGGUGGUGAACCACCGGGGUACCAAGCGAAACAUAAUACAGCGAAUGGUGGACUCUUUCAAGCCGCCUUUGGAUGGUUCAUUCCAUUCUGACAACUUGAAAAAGUCGCUGAAGGCAAGGCAUUUGAUCAUGAUAGCAAUUGGCGGCAGCAUAGGGACCGGCCUGUUUAUUGGGAGUGGCAAAGCUCUCGCUGUGGGAGGCCCUCUAGCGCUGAUCAUAGGAUGGACAGUCGCCGGGACGCAGAUGGUUGGCACGAUUCACGGGCUGGGCGAGAUCACGGUGCGGUUUCCAGUAGUGGGUGCGUUCGCAGACUACGGAACGCGGUUUUUGGAACCCAGCAUAAGCUUUGUGGUGGUGCUGAUCUACGUUCUGCAGUGGUGUUUCGUGUUGCCGCUCGAAAUCAUAGCUGCUGCAAUGACAGUAGAAUACUGGGGGUCUUCUGUGCCACCUGUUGCAUGGGUUGCCAUCUUCUACGCGUUUAUUGCUUUGGUUAACCUGCUCGGUGUAAGAGGCUUUGGAGAGGCUGAGUUCAUCUUCUCUCUUAUCAAGGUGCUUACAAUUAUUGGCUUCAUCAUUCUGUGCGUGGUACUCAUCUGUGGCGGGGGCCCUAAACACGAAUUCGUCGGCGCAAAGUACUGGAGUGACCCAGGUCCCCUAGCCAAUGGAUUCAAAGGUGUCGCUGCCGUAUUCGUUAUAGCAUCGUACUCCUUAGGUGGUACGGAAAUGGCGUGUCUUGCCUCAGGCGAGACAGACCCCAAAGAGCUACCCAGCGCCAUCAAACAGGUGUUCUGGAGAAUAGUAUUCUUCUUUUUGGUGUCCUUAACGCUUGUGGGCUUCCUCGUUCCAUACACAAAUGAGAAUUUAAUGGGAGGCUCCUCGGUGGACAACUCACCCUUUGUUAUUGCGAUUCGUUUGCACGGAAUAAAGGCGCUGCCUUCUGUCGUGAAUGCAGUUAUCUUGGUGAGUCUAUUGAGCGUCGGAAAUUCAUGUAUUUUCGCCUCAAGUCGGACACUCUGCUCCAUGGCGCAUCAGGGAUUGAUCCCUCGCAUUUUCGGAUACAUCGAUAGAGCAGGCAGACCGCUCGUAGGUAUUUUGACCAACCUCGCCUUUGGCUUACUAGCGUUCCUUGUCAAAUCCAGCUCUUCCGACGACGUUUUCACCUGGCUGAUGGCCAUUGCAGGCCUGGCCACUUGCGUUGUCUGGCUCAGCAUCAAUGUUUCCCAUAUCCGCUUCAGAAUGGCCAUGAAAGCACAAGGAGUUUCUUUGGACGAGCUGGAGUUUGUGAGUGCCGUGGGGGUCUAUGGCUCUGUGUAUUCAGCGACUAUUAACGUGCUAAUUCUGGUUGCCCAAUUUUAUGUUUCACUAUGGCCGGUUGGCGGCUGGAGCAGCCCUAGUACCCGCACAGAGAACUUCUUCCAGAACUACCUGUGCUCUUUGAUUCUUCUUCUCCUAUUCGCCGGGCAUAAGAUCUACUACAGGAUAUCGACGGGGAAGUGGUGGGGAUUCAAGGCGUUGCGUGACAUUGAUCUCUUGACAGAUAUGCGUGUUACAGACACCGAGCUGAGCAAACAUGAAUUGCAUGAAAAAAGGGUUAAGCUGGCACAAAAGCCUCUCAUUGUGCGCCUCUACCACCAGUGGUGCUAA